AUGGUCCUCCAUAACCCUAAUAACUGGCAUUGGGUGACUAAAGAUGUCACUGCCUGGACAAAGAAAUGGCUCGAGGACAAUCUUAACGAAAUUAGUGCCACAAACGGCGACGUAGAAGUCAAGAUUGUCGAGGUUGAGAGCAUAGAGGGCGAAGCUGAAGUCUACCAGAGAAAAGGCAAGGUCAAGACAGUUUUUGACCUGGAGCUCGCCCUGAGAUUCGCUGGAUCCGCCCCCGAUGCGGAUAAGGUUUCCGGCACAAUCAAAUUCCCUGAGGUCCAACCAGAUAUCGAAGACUAUACGUUCGAGGUAAAACUCGAGGACCCUGCUCCAAAGGAGAACCAGCCUGUGAAGGAGCUCGUCCGCAGCCAGCUUGUUAAAGAGCUGGAAAAGAAGUUCAAUUUGAUCACGUCUGUCCUUAUCGAAGAGCACGGCAAGGAUAUUCAACAUGCCGCUGGUUCAAAUCCUUCCAGCGGAUUUUCGACCCCGAAGACUCAUCCUCAGACUUCUUCACCCAAGCCUACAGAACCUUCCAGUGCCCCCUCAAGCACCUCUGGUAUUGUCAACACGACAACAGUGACGGACAAGGAGGAGUUUAGAACUACCGCCGACGAGAUGUACCAAACAUUUGUCGAUCCUCAGCGCCUUGCCGCCUUCACCCGCUCACCUCCAAAGGUCUUUGAGGGUGCCAACAAGGGUGGAAAGUUUGAAUUAUUUGGUGGAAACGUCUCUGGGGAAUAUCUCGAGCUUGAACCUGGAAAGAAGAUCGUCCAGAGUUGGCGUCUGAGCCAGUGGCCUGCCGGCCACUUCUCCAAGCUCCACAUCGAGUUUGAACAAAACAACGUUGAUCACGUUACGGUGAUGCGUGUGGAGUGGAAGGGCGUACCAGUUGGUCAGGAAGAAGUCACCAAGAGAAACUGGCUGGAGUACUACGUCAGGAGCAUUAAACAAACCUUUGGGUAA